GCAAAUAUCUUACAAGCACACGGACGGACUGUAGACAAACCUCAUCCCCAUGGGUUCCCUCCCUGGGCCGGCGGUGAACCCUUUCCCGUCGGAGUUUAAUCGGUUGCCGGAGUCUAAAGCGCACACAGGAUCAAUGAAUGUUAGUCACGGGAGGGAAGGACCUUUGUCAAUCGACGAUGAAAGCAUGAGGAGAGAGAGGAAAGAGCAAUCGAAUAAGAAAAUUGCGUCGCAAAAGGCAAUCUCGGUAAUACUAAGAAGAGAAGCGACGAUGGCUGUGAUUGAGAAGAAAAAAGGAUCCACAAGGCUUUUUCCGGGAACUGUACUUGAAGCGCUUCACGAACGUAUCGCUGCUUUGCGUUGGGAGUCUGCUCUUAAGGUUUUUGAACUACUCCGUGAGCAGCUUUGGUACAGGCCUAACUCUGCUAUAUACGUAAAGCUAAUUGUCAUGCUUGGAAAAUGUAAGCAACCUGAGAAAGCACAGUCCUUGUUUCAGGCCAUGAUUGAUGAAGGUUGUAUUGUGAACCAAGAGUCGUACACUGCUCUUCUCUCUGCUUACAGUCGAAGUGGCAUGUUUCAAAAAGCAUUUUCAUUACUAGAAGAGAUGAGGAACACUCCUAAUUGCCACCCUGAUGUAUAUACCUAUUCAAUCCUCAUAAAAUCAUGCCUUCAUUUUCAUGAAUUCGACAAAGUGCAAUCUCUACUUUCUGAGAUGGUCUCACAAGGAGUCAAGCCCAAUACGGUUACUUAUAAUACCCUUAUCGAUGCAUAUGGGAAAGCAAAAAGAUUUGUGGACAUGGAAUCGACACUUGUGGAAAUGCUCCGCCAAAGGGAAUGUAAGCCUGAUGUAUGGACCAUGAAUUCGACACUAAGAGCAUUUGGUGGCAGUGGGCAGAUAGAAACAAUGGAAAAGUGCUACGAGAAGUUUCUUAGUGCUGGAAUUCAACCUAAUAUCAAGACCUUCAAUAUUCUCUUGGAUUCCUAUGGGAAAACCGGAAAUUAUAAGAAAAUGAGUGCUGUCAUGGAAUACAUGCAGAAAUACCAUUUCUCGUGGUCACUUGUGACUUAUAAUAUUGUCAUAGAUGCAUUUGGACGAGCUGGGGAUCUGAACCAGAUGGAAUUUUUGUUUAGGCUAAUGCAAUCCGAGAGCAUAAAACCGAACUGUGUGACACUUUGUUCGCUCAUAAGGGGUUAUGCACAAGCUGGCAAAGUGGAAAAAAUCAGGGGUCUUUUGCGAUACAUUGAGAGUUCAGAUGUGACAGUUGACACCGUGUUUUUUAACUGCUUGGUGGAUGCUUAUGGUAUGAUGGGAUGCUUGGCGGAAAUGAAGGAGGUGCUGCCGAUGAUGGAAAGUAAAGGAUGUCAACCCGAUAAGAUCACAUAUAGAACCAUGAUCAAAGCUUACAACAUGAAUGGAAUGAGUAACCAUGUGAAGGAGCUUCGACAUGCACUUUCUUCUGUUGGAAAACCAGAAUCCAGACGAUAAACUUUCGAGAUAAAUGCUUUGAUUUAUUCCCUUAAAUUCUUUGUAGAGGAAGAAGCUAUUUGAGAUGAGUUCAACCACAUAUAAACUGCACUUUAGAUCUUAGAAAACUUCAUAGCAUCAAUCAUAUGGUAAUCUUUUGUUGUGGUGUAUGUAUGUAUGUAUGUAUGUAUAUGAUACUGUUAUAUAUUCCCUCUGGACCAAAGUUUUGCAACUCUAGAAAUAGAUAGCCAAUUACUUGUCCU